AGUUGCCCGACGACGGUGGGACGGACGCGCGCCGCGACUGCCGCGAGCGGAGCCAACCGUCAGUGGUGCGCGCGGAUCGGUCGCGCGCGGUGACGGCACGUGGUGGUCGGCAAAAAAAAAGUGCGGUCACUUACGAUUGUGAAGCGUCGCGCGCGCGCGAGAGCGAGACAGAGAGAUGGCGGGCCACGACGUCGGCAUCGGCGACUUCGUGCUGCUGGACGAGAUCACGGUGGAUCGCGUGGUGGAGAACCUGAAGACGAGAUUUAACGGGGGAAAGAUCUACACGUACAUCGGCGAAGUCUGCGUGAGCGUAAAUCCUUACAGGAGCACCAAUAUUUACGAUGCGGACCAGAUUAACAAAUACAAAGGGAGAGAGCUGUUCGAGAACCCACCGCACAUUUUCGCGAUCGCGGAUGCGGUGCAUAAAGAGAUGAAGCAACAGGGCAGAGACACUUGCAUAGUCAUAAGUGGCGAAUCGGGCUCCGGUAAAACAGAAGCUAGCAAAAUCAUUAUGAAGUAUAUCGCCGCCGUGACCAAUCUCAGCGGCCAGCAGGAGAUCGAGAGGGUGAAGAACAUUCUCAUCCAAUCGAACUCGAUACUGGAGGCGUUCGGCAACGCCAAGACAAACAGGAAUGACAACUCGUCGCGUUUCGGAAAGUACAUGGACAUCAAUUUCGACUUCAAGGGAGAUCCCAUCGGCGGCCACGUGACCAAUUACCUCCUCGAGAAAUCGCGGGUGGUUUAUCAGCAGAAGGGAGAACGCAACUUUCACUGCUUCUAUCAGCUACUGAACGGCUGCAGCGAGACCGAAUUGAAUAAGCUGCGCUUGGUCCGCGAUCCGGCCGCUUACUACUUCAUCGGCAAUGGGAGCAACAAUAAGACAGCCUCCUCCGACAGAAGCGACUACAAAACUGUUUGCACCGCCAUGUCCACCCUCGGAUUUUUCGCGAAUGAGACGCAGACCGUAUGGAACAUCGUCGCUGGUAUCUUACAUUUGGGUAACAUCACCUUCAGGCUGGAGGAUGACAAACUUAUAAUCGGGAAUAACAGUGCUUUAAACGACACUGCCAACUUGUUCUCCAUCAACUCGAAAGAUCUAAGUACUGCUCUCUCGCAGAGAGUCAUAGCGGCGGGUGGAGAAGUCAUGCAGAAGACUCAUACAUUGAUCGAAGCCGAAUACGGCCGAGAUGCAUUGGCGAAGGCUAUAUACGAACGUAUGUUCACGUGGAUAGUAUCGCGAGUCAAUGGAUCGAUCAACGUAAAUAACAGCGACGACAUGAAGAGAUACGGGACGCUGAUCGGCGUGCUCGAUAUUUACGGCUUCGAAAUCUUUGACAUGAACAGCUUCGAGCAGUUUUGCAUCAAUUAUUGCAACGAAAAGCUGCAACAGCUUUUUAUCGAGUUGGUUCUGAAGCAAGAGCAAGAGGAGUACCAGAGGGAAGGGAUAGCUUGGCAAAACAUUGAAUACUUUAACAAUCAGAUCAUUUGCGACUUGGUCGAGCAAGCUCACAAGGGGAUGAUAGCAAUCAUGGACGAGGCUUGUCUGAACGUCGGAAAGGUCACCGAUGAGAUGCUUCUCAAUGCAAUGGACAAGAAGUUAGUGGACCACAAACAUUAUAGCUCUCGACAAUUAAAACCGAUGGACAAAGAAUUGGAGCACAGAACACAAUUCAAGAUCAAACAUUACGCCGGCGAUGUGAUUUACAAUAUCAACGGCUUCCUCGAUAAGAACAAAGACACGCUCUUCCAAGACUUCAAACGUCUGCUUUAUCAAAGCAAGAAUUCCGUGAUUAGCAAAAUGUGGCCGGAGGGUGCCCAGAAUAUUUUGAAGACGACGAAGAGGCCUUUAACCGCUGGCACGUUGUUCCGCAACUCUAUGAUCGCGCUUGUGAAGAAUCUAGCGAGUAAGGAACCGUUUUACGUCAGGUGCAUAAAACCGAACGAGGUAAAGUCUCCAGUCGUGUUCGAUGACGAGAGAGUGAAUCAUCAAGUGAGAUACUUGGGACUUGUGGAGAACAUAUUAGUGAGACGGGCUGGUUUUGUAUACAGACAGCGAUACGACAGAUUUUUAAAAAGGUACAAAAUGAUAUCGCAGUACACAUGGCCGAACUUCCGAGGCGACAAUGAUAAGGAUGGCGUACGCACAUUGCUGGAGGAGAAGGGUUUCUCGAAUGACGUUAAGUACGGACACACGAAGAUAUUCAUUCGCUCGCCGCAGACUUUGUUUGAGUUGGAAAAGAUGCGCAGCGACUUAAUACCGGCCAUCGUGGUCCUCUUGCAAAAGCAAUGGCGGGGAUACCUCUGUCGUCAGAAAUACAAGAAGAUGAAGGCCGCGUUGGUGCUGAUGGAGCAUUACAGAAGAUACAAACGACGCAUCUACAUCAAGCAACUCGAGCGGACGUUCAAGGGCGCCAAGACUUUGCGAAAUUACGGCAAGACCUUGCCGUGGCCGCGAGAAAAUUUUGCCGUGAGACACGUGGUGCCCGCCUUGAGGAAUAUGUACGCGAGAUGGUGGGCGUGGAUGGUACUCCGAGCGAUUCCUCGGGAGGAUUGGCCGCAACUUCGACUGAAGAUGGCAGCGGGCGCUAUGUUGCGCUCGAAGCGAUCGUACUGGGGCCAAGACCGUCGCUGGGAAGGAAACUACCUGUCCAAGCCGGAUGAGAAUCCUCAAAGCGAUAUUUUCAACUCGUCGAUAAACAAUCUACGAAACACCGACCACUUCAAGGCCGUCCUGUUCAGCGCAUUUAUUAGGAAAACCAACAGAUACAACAAGCCGGCGGAUCGCGUUUUGGUGGUAACGGAACACACCGUGUACAAGCUCGACGGCGUCAAGUUCAAGAGCAUGAGGAAGGGCAUGCCGAUAGCGGAGAUUACCGGCCUAAGCGUUUCGCCUGGGAAGGAUCAGCUUAUCACGAUUCACUCGAACCGCGGAAACGAUUUCAUUCUGUCGAUCAUCGCCAAAGACGACAGAAUUGGAGAGCUGGUCGGCGUACUGAGCAACCGAUACUACCAACUGCGUGGCACUGACUUACAUGUUACGGUGGAUGUGAAGUUCAAGUGCAUGCUGGGCAACAAGAGCAGAUUGUUGUACAUUCAAGUGAUGCCCGACGUGAUCGAGCCCACGUUCAAGAAGGACGGUAAUCAAAUCAUCUAUGCCAUUCCACCGUCGGCGGGCAUAAUCGACGGAGGCGCUAACACGAGACAGCAGAUCCGCAGUGGUUAGUUAUAAAAGUCUGACGACUUUUUCGAGACUAUUAUAAAAAAAUAUAUUGAAAUAUAUUUUUUUAAUAAUAUAUCGUGCGCCGCUGUGCGGUUGUUUUACGGGAGGCCGUUCAGCGAUUCCGUACAGACAAUAUCCAGCACUCUCAGAGUUCGCAUUUGAAAGUUUUUUUCCCCGGUUGAAUCGAUCGUUAUGCAUAUGUUUUUCACGCAGUAUUAAUCGCGUUGUGACAAGUGUCAAUGCAGUACGAAUUUUACUAUAACGAAAGUUCGAUUGGUGUCUAUAUUUGUUGCGUAAUCAAACGUUCAAAUGAAGUGUGAUACCUGAGCUCUCGUUAUGUAUAUUAUGAAUAUAUUAUUAUAGACGUUGACUUAUAUUAUCGCGAGCAUAUGACCGGAAAUUCACGCGCAGGUAUCUUUCCGUGAAAAGAAUUUUGACAGGACUAAUCAUUGUUUUAAAAAAAUUACUAAUUUUCCUUCAACAACGUUAUAAUGUUAUGCAGGAUUAUAACUUUUAAAGUUAUUUAUCGCGUUCCAUGUUUCGACAAUAUCAGAAACGGUUUAAAUAUUUUGAUGAAUAUAAGCUCUAAGAAGUUUGAAAUCUCGUCAAUUAUGGUGCCUGCAUAAUAGAUAUACGCAUCAAGAGUAUAUAAAAUGAGAUGUUGCAGUACAAGUUAAUAUAUACAAAUCAUGUGCAUAGCGUAAAGAGCGUAUGAAACUUGAUAAAACUUUUUCCGUACGCUGAUAUAUUCCACAUUGCGCACACGAUGCAUAUUUUUCUGUAAAUACUCUAUAGUGUAUUAUAAAUGUUGUUAGCUUGUGAUGCGCGACGUGAGAGAGAGGACGAGAUGUGAAAUCCACGAAAGUGAGUAGUUUUACCGGAGUAUAACAGUAUGCGAUAGUAAUUUAUGCGAGAUAACUUAAACAUUAUUCAUGGAAAGCCAUCGUGUCUUUUUCUAUCUCAGAGACAAACCGUUAAGUUAUUAUACAGAUGAUUAUACAGUUUCUCAUUAACUGCAAUUGUGCUAUAAGCUUGUGGCCUUCUACUUACUACCAGAUCGAAAUAUUUUUUCAAGAUUUUUUACAACGCGCGUGUAGAUACAAAAAAUAGUAGAUAUUACAGAGCAAAAGAAAUAUAUAUGACUAUAUAGAAAAACAGAUAUAUAAAUAUGAAACAAAUAUUACAUAUGAGGAAAACAAAAACGACAAGACAAAAUAUAUGUAUACACCUGUAGUGCCUGCCAAUUUAACACAAAAUGCAACGAAAGUUAAAUGCGUACUUUCCCGAGGAAGGUUUUGGAUCUUUCCAUGUACUUAGAUUUAGAGGAACUGUAUAGGAAUAUACUUAUAUAUUUAUAUAUAUAUAUUAUAUAUAUAUACGUACGAUCAAGCUUAAUCAAAAUAUGUAUUAUUUCGACGUUAAUUCGAUUAACAUGCGAAGGAAUUGUUAUACAUUGCCAUAGAGUUCGUUACUCCGGUACUUAUGCAUUUAUGAAGCAUUCAUUAAAAACGAGAUAGUUUGCUUUUUUUUUUAAUUCAUUCGUAGAACAGAGUUUACUUAAUUUUCAUCGGCAAUUAUAUAAUCGCGAAGCGCUUUAAAACACAUUGAGGAAUGUGCCAUUGUUAGAAAAUAAAGUGGAAUUUUCGUCUUGUA